UGUCACGUGGUAGUGGUGCUUGGCGGGAAAGGGGCUGCUUGGCGGCAUGGAGGUGGAAGGAAUGGAGACGGAGUGUGGGGACGCCUCGGAGCAGCCGGGGACCUCGGGGCUGGCGGCCACACCGCGGUCGCCAGGCACAGCCAGCGACAAGGAGACGGCGGCGGGACACGGGCGCGUGGGAUACGAGCUGCCCUGGGUGGAAAAAUACAGACCUCUCAAACUCAACGAGGUUGUUGGAAAUGAAGAAACCGUGAGCCGCCUCGCGGUGUUUGCCAGAGAGGGAAAUGUUCCAAACAUCAUUAUUGCGGGCCCCCCUGGCACGGGCAAGACGACCAGCAUCUUGUGCUUGGCACGGGCACUGCUGGGCCCAGCGGUGCGGGAUGCUGUGCUGGAACUCAAUGCCUCCAACGAUCGGGGUAUAGACGUGGUGCGUAACAAGAUCAAGAUGUUCGCGCAGCAGAAAGUAACAUUGCCUCGUGGCCGGCACAAGAUCAUCAUCCUGGAUGAGGCUGAUAGCAUGACCGAUGGAGCUCAGCAGGCACUGCGGCGCACCAUGGAGAUCUACAGCAAGAGCACACGCUUCGCUCUUGCGUGCAACGCCUCCGACAAGAUCAUUGAACCAAUCCAGUCGCGCUGUGCAGUGCUGCGUUAUUCUCGGCUGACUGACAGCCAGGUGCUGUCGCGCCUGCUGGAAGUGUGUGACCACGAGUGCGUGCAGCGUACGGACGACGGCUUAGAGGCCAUCAUCUUCACGGCACAGGGCGACAUGAGGCAGGCUCUGAACAAUUUGCAGUCCACGCACACUGGGUUUGGAUAUGUCAACAGUGAAAAUGUUUUCAAGGUGUGUGAUGAACCACACCCUCUGUUGGUGAAGGAAAUGAUUGGGCACUGUGUCAGCGGAAAUAUAGACCAGGCUUACAAGAUCAUGUCACAUCUGUGGAAGCUGGGGUACUCACCCGAAGACAUUAUCGGCAACAUAUUCAGGGUUUGCAAGACCUACGCUAUGGCUGAAUACCUCAAGCUGGAAUUCCUUAAGGAGAUCGGGCUGACGCACAUGCGCAUCGUGGAAGGUGUCAACUCAUUGUUACAGAUGGCUGGGCUACUUGCUCGUCUCUGCAACAAAACAGUUGCCCCUGCUGCCAGCUGAUUGAAAAACCAAGCAACAACAUUGUCCUCAGUGAUCGAUGGCAGUGGCAAGCAGAGCCCAUUCUUGUAUUCUAUUUUGAUCAAUGAUGCUCAAUCAACAAGUAUUGCCUUGGCCAUCAGAAGUAAAUUUACAAAGGGUGGGUUUGAUCCCAAAUAGUAAAAAGUAGCUGUAUAAAAUUGACUGCAUGACUAUAUGAAAACCCUUACUGUGUGAUAACAUUUGUACAUUCUUUUUUCUAAUCACAUUUCUCAUUUGCUUUAUUUAGUAGUCGUAGAUGUUUAAGCUUUAUCUGCAGCCACAAACUAGCUGAAUUGAAUGUAUUUUGCAUUGAAAUACAGUAUACGGUCAAAGUUCAGUCAUUAUUUUCAAGUCAUUUAUUUAUAAAUAAAUAAAAACUUUCAUGUGAGUUAUGCAAUGUUAUUUUAUUUUAGUUCAGUCUUAUAACGAGGUUAGAAUGCACUAUAAUAAUGCACUAGCUCUUGUACACACAGCAUUUUUUUCAAAACUUCCCCGUUUGAGCAUCGGCGAUAUGCAUGGGUAAUUGCCAUAUUGGUCAGACCUACUUUGAGCUGUGCUCAACUUUUUAGGUUCCUAAUUCUGACGAUUGUAGUGUGUGUUUACAUCUUAAUGCACGGAAUGAUUUAUGUGAAUGCAUGCAACUUGACUAGAAAUGUUUGCACCUGGAAAUUUAAAACUAGCUCAAAAUGGCUGGUGAUAGACUUAAUCUGUGAUAUGUAGGUGUGGUUAUGAAAUGCAAAUAUAACAGUAAAAGUAAUUGUUUUAUACUCUUGGGUCUUUCGGUCAAGUCACGUAAAUAAAAAAAAAUAGAUCACGACGUUUCGAUUGCAACACAAGCAAUCGUCUUCAGGUGAGAGAGAGAAAGCUGCUGAGACACGGUCUUAUAGGCUUGAGAUGGGUGCAUCAAGGUCGUUGGGUGGAGCUAGAGAUGGUCCAACCACAGGCUGGGGCAGUGGACACCCAGCCUGCAAUACAAAAACAUGCAACCUAAUAAUGAAACGGAGUCGGUUAACAUUAGUAGAAAGGAUGAAAACAUAGCAAGUUAAGACUUUACCUGGUUAAUCACGUCCUUCCAUUGUUCAAUUUGUACCCAUCUUCUCGGUUGAAGUUCUAUAUAUCUGGAUGGCUUCAUGAACAAAUCUUUGAUAGUGGGUUUGCAGAGUACCUUCGUCUUGGAAAAAUCAAUAUCGUGUGAGCCCACAGCGUUAAAACAAUGAUCAGCCACGGCCGAGGUAUUUGUCCUGCCGUGUUUCAGAUCCGCCUUGUGUUCACGAACACGUUCCGAGACAUGUCGUUUAGUUUCCCCAAUGUAACUACUGCUGCAGAUAACUUAGUGUGGAGACACCAGGGUAUUGCAUUUGAGGGAUCACAUCCUUCACAGAUGGGAUCAGAUCACGAAUUUUAUGUACUGUGUUGAAUCGAACCUGGAUCUUAUGUUCAUGAUUUUGGAAAUACUUUUUGUGACCCCUGCUAUGUUUGGCAAGGUGAUGGUUAUGAUUGGGUCCUCAGAUGUUUUUUUCCCACGGUUGGGGUGACAGCUUUGCGUAUUGUAUGGUCCGAAUAUCCAUUCAUCUUGAGGGCUUGGUGUACGUGCUCCAGUUCACUGGCUAGGUGGUGCUGGUCGAGGAUGUAACGGGUAGGGUUUUGAUGAGGGAAUUCUGGGCUGGAUGGUGGGGGUCGGGUUUUAGGUAGGCAUCCGUGUGGGUGGCUUUCCGGUAGACUGUCCCAAUGAGCCAUCUGGUCUAUUUUCGAUUGAAACAUCCAAGAAUGGUAACUUACCAUCCUUUUCCACUUCCAUGGUGAAUUUGAUGGCUGGGUGUAUGGAAUUUAUGUAGUUGAAUUGGUUCAGUGCUAGCAGGCCAUGUGGCCAGAUGACGAACGUAUCAUCUACGUAUCUCUUCCACAAGGAAGGACGUAGGGUGGAUGCCUGGAUGGCAUGUCUAAUUUUUCCAUGAAAACAUUGGCUACCACUGGCGAUAAGGAAGAACCCAUUGGAGUACCUUGAUCUUGUUUGUAGAAUGUACCAUUCCAGAUGAAGUAAAUGUUGGUACAUCAGCAUUCAGUCCUUGGACCAAAUCUUCAAUUAUUGCAAUGUUGUCAGGCACAGGAACUUUG